AUGUCUGUGCCGCCUGGAGCUGCCGUGGUCGAGUUCAAGGUUGAUCAAGGCGUGGUGGGAUUUCUGAUUGGCAAGGGCGGCGAGACCUUGCGCAGCAUGGAAGUCAGCAGCACAGCCACCAUCAAGAUCGACCAGACCUCGAAGGAGAUGGGCUACAGCAUGGUCCGCAUCACGGGCUCUGAGCAGGCCGUGGCCGUGGCCAAGGCCCUGCUCGACGGCCGCAUCAGCGAAAAGCGACAAAACGCCUCCGGCAUGCACCGGAACCGCACGGAGGUGCAAGGCCAGGAGGGCGGGGGCAGCGGGGCUGUUGGCUGGGAGACGCAGAUCGAACAGUCUGCCGUGGGCUUCUUCAUCGGCAAGCAGGGGGAAUACAUCAAGAGAAUACAGGCACAGACGGGUGCCACCGUGGUCAUCGACCAAGAGACGAAGGACUACGGGUAUAGCAUGAUCCGCAUCAUGGAUGGGCCAGGGCUGCGAGAAGCCUCCGAGAUGGUGAAGUACAGGCUGGACCAAGUGAAGGAGGCGGCUGUCCAGCGGGCACCCGCAGGCGAGUACGAGGAGCUCUCGGUUCCUCAAGGUGCCUGCCUCGCGUUGCUUCGCGUUGCGCCAGGCCCUCUCUUUCUCGCUUUCCGCACAGGCCAAGUCGGGGCGAUCAUUGGCCGUGGUGGCGACACCCUGCGGCAGAUCAAAGCAGAGAGUGGUGCAAUCAUCGUUCUCAGCCAGGAGACCAAAGGACAGGGAUUCAGCACAGUGCGUUUUGCUGGAAGUGAAGAAGCCGUACUGAAAGCCAAAGACCUGGUCCAGCAGAGACUAGCCGAGCGAGAGUGGGCAGCGCAGGGCGCCUGGUCCGGGGGUGGGGGCGGCGGCAAUUACGGAAGCUGGCAGUAUGGCAAGGGCGAUUUCGGCGGUGGCAUUAACCCGCCGCCGCCGCCACAUGGCAAGGGCAAAGACUGGGGAGGGGGCGGUCUCGGACUGAGCGACGACUGGGGCCCUAGCUUUGGAGAUGGCUUGGGCCACGGCAAUGACUUGGGUCAAGGCUGCCAAGGCUUGGAUGCACCGCCCAUAGGUGGUCCCAUAGGCGGUCCUCCUUUGGGUGCGCAGGGUCUGAGUCCAGGCCAGGCUUCGCAUGAGGCCUCUGCGGCUGAGCCCUGGGGACGUCUUUCGCGGAAUGACACGUGUGAGACGUCGAGUCGCAAGGUCCAAGAUUGCUCAGCUGCAGCUCGCGGCUCGCAUUCCGUCUUCCUUUUUCCGCUUCCGCAGCUGCAGUUUCCUCCCUCGCUCCUAGUCUUGGCACCCGACUGGGUGGCGUCGGAGGGCUCGAGGUGGUGCAAGAAACUGCCCAGUGAGUCCGAGCUUAGCUUCCAGGGCUCGGAUGCGGUCUGGUUCAGGUCACGGACGGUCACGGGUAGGUCACGGGCAGGCGUCGAGAUUGCAAGCAACAACGAGAUCUCGCGCAAUCGGCACCUCACCGGCCAUCAUGAGCAGUGGUACGAAAAGGUUGAAAAUGAAGUCAACGUCAGCAUCUUCGCAAUCGGCAGCCAGCGAGUCGUUCUGGCCGAGUACACGGCGCUCGCCGGCAACUUUCAGCAGGCGACCAUUCAGAUCCUCCAGAAGCUGGAGAGCACUUCAGAGUGGAAGAGCUACAUUUACGGCGAGUAUGCCUUCCACUACAUCGUGGACCAGACCCUGAACCUCUGGUUCGUGUGCAUGGCCGAGCGGCUCCUGGGCCGGCGCAUCCCCUUCGGCUUCCUGCAAGCGGUCCAGGACGGCUUCUGCGGAUCCUACGGACGUGAGCAGGUGGAGAGCGCCAUCGCCUAUGGCAUGCAGGGGGAAUUCCGGGAGCAGCUGAAGACUCUCAUGGAGAAGUACAACUCUCCGGAAGUGGACCGUGUGGCCUCGAUGAUGGCCAAGGUGCAGCACAUCAACGACCACCUCAUGGACAGCAUCGACAAGAUCCUCGAGCGGCAGGAGAAGAUCGACUUGCUGGUGCACCGCAGCGAGGUUCUCUCUGCGUCUGCCAGCAGCUUCCGGCGGGACGCGGAGCACCUGCGGCGCCGGGUGUGGUGGCAGAACGCCAGGACCAUGGCCGUGAUCGCCUGCGUCCUGGUCCUCGUCAUUCUGGUGGUGGUGCUGUCAUCCUGUGGCUUCUCCCUCUCGCACUGCUGA